AUGGCUAUUGUGGUUCGAUUCGUUAACGAAAAAGGUCAGGUGGUUGAACGUUUUCUGGGCAUUAUUCAUGUUCCUGAUACAAUGGCCAAAAGUCUCAAAAAAUCCAUUGAAGAAUUACUUUCAACUUAUGGUUUAAGUAUAUCCAAAUUGCCUGGUCAAGGAUAUGAUGGAGCAAGUAAUAUGAGAGGGGAGUUUAAUGGGUUAAAGGCAUUAUUUCUCACUGAGAAUAAGGCAGCACAUUACAUACAUUGCUUCUCACACCAGCUCCAGUUAGCCUUAGUAUAUGUUGCCAAAAAUCAUGUUCAAAUUGCUCUCUUAUUCUCAGUAAUUUCAAAUAUGAUGAAUAUUGUGGGGGUUUCAUGCAAGCGACGUGACCAACUUCGAGAUAAGCAACGGGAGAGAACUUUAAUGGAAUUACAGAAUGGAGAACUAGUGACUGGACAAGGGUUGAAUCAAGAAAUAACUCUCAAGAGGGCAGUGGUUGUUGAAGAUGGUAUUAGUUCUGAACAAAAAGGUGAGGCUUUCGCAUUAUUAGGGACAAUGCAAUCUUUUGAAUUUUCAUUCUGUUUACUAUUGAUGAAGGAUAUACUUGGUAUAACUGCUGAGUUAUCACAAGCUUUGCAAAGGAAAGAACAAGACAUUGUAAAUGCCAUGUCUUUGGUUCAAAUAUGUAAAAAAAGGCUGCAAGUUAUGAGAGAUUACAAAUGGGAAGAGUUCAUCACCAAGCUGACUUCUUUUUGUGAGCAACACAAAAUAGAUAUUCCUGACAUGAAUGAUAGAUGGGUUGCUCGGGGACGGCCUCGUCGUAGAGCUUAA